AUGGGUGCCAUCCAAUCCUUACUCCCCAGCGACUCGGACAGAGCGUCCGCUGGCGCGCCAGACAGCAGCCGGGGCCCUCGCUCUGGCGACCAAGACGGCCUUUCAUGGGCCAGCAACAAGAUGCACCGGGACAUGGCCAGCAAGUUUUCUGAAAUCGAGCUACUCUCGUUGCGCCAAGUCUUCCAGCAACUAAAGGACCGACAGAACAACGACCCAGAAACCGAUCGUUCUUCUGAACCACAGCAACACCAGAACAAAGGCACAGUCUCCAAUGUAGCAUCGGCCAAACCUACGAAGAAAGACAUCUGGAUCGUUCCAGGGAUCACUGAGGCGACCUUUGUGGAAUACCUUGGCAUUCCUGCGAACAGGAACCGCGCCGGUCACCUAUUCUUCCGCUCAUUCUAUAACCUCUCAGUCUAUCCCGAUAAUCCUGAUAAGUUGCCAGGCCAGGACCUGCCGCGACAUCUGACCGUCCGGGAUCUCAUCAAGCCCUUGGCACUCUACUGCCACAAGAUCAACGAGAACGCGCUAUUGGAUCUCAAGCCGCUUCGGGUCAUCUUUGAAUCUUUUGCUGAAAGUGUGGUGUCCCCGACAGCCUCAGCUUCGACCGACACUGCUGCCACCAACGCUGACGCUAACGUCACGACUAGUGCAGCCGACAGCCCAGAUGCGAACACAAACUCAACUUCUCAUCUCGAGAAAAUAUUGACAUUAGAGCGGACAAAGACAAUGGAGGAUUCGUUCAAGGACCUGACUCUUAACAAUCUCGAAUGGAAUCCAAAUGAAGAGGAUAUGGCGGAAGUUGGGCCCAAAGUAAAAGCAAGUGACUUGGUGGAGAUCCUAGAUGGCCUGUUCUGGCUGAUUCAGCAAGUGGUCGAGGGUCGCGAGAGCAGCAACGAAGAAGUCGGAUCAGAUCCUGCUAUGGACUCGUCCCAUCGACAUCGAGCUACAAGGAUGGUGGAACAUUUGAUUCAAUACAGCAAGAGCAUCUCGUCCGUGGACAUCGACUCCGAACUGAUCGAUUUUGCCAUGUUCACGAAAUACGUUUCCCGUAAUGCACCAAAUCUCUUUGAGAUCCUCUCCCAGUACUUCUAUAGCAUGUUUCUUAUCGGCAACACCCUUUGGCGUACAGGUCCAGGUGCUGCAGAAAAGAUGGAGCUGCCAGGCGUAUCUCCAGUUCCCAUCUUGGACUCGCCUUCGACCAUUCUUACGCCCGACAACAUUGCUUUGAUCUCUUGGUUCCUUCCGCUUCAAAAGACAACGCCGACGAUGACAAACCUCUACACUGGAAGUCGGCAUGGAUUCAGCAUGAACCAAUUCGAGGUCCAUAUCUGCAAGUACCCCGCACCGACGUUGCUUCUAUUGCUGGUCGAGCGACUCAAGACUGGAACACCGACCGCGAACCGUCGGCAGUCUAUUUCGUUCGGUAGCGUUUCCUCGCGUCAUCGCCCCCCAGCCAGCAGUAACUCACCAGCAUACAAUGUACACUGGACAGUCGAUGGACGGCAGACCUCGUUCGAUCAAUUAAUAGGUCGCACUCCAACGACACCUGCAUCCCCGGGCAGUGUCUUAAGCACGAUCUUUGAUGGCGUGCCCUCCGGUACCACGGUAGUUGAACCGACGGAGAUAAAGAGGAGCUCAAUAGAGGCUGCGCCGACGAUAGUGACGCCUAGGAAAGUCAAAAAGGAGAGACUGGUGCUGGGGGCGUACGUUACAGAGACCUGGAAGGUGUCGAAGGCAGGAUGGGGUAACGACUCGUUUGCGGUAUUUGAGCUUUCGCCUUGCUUUGAAGUCUUCCCAGCAAAGAAAUCCGAUGCUUCCUCCUCAGGACCACCGUCAUCCAGAAUCUUCCCUCCAAGACGAGAUGCACCAAGGGCAGGAGACAGGAAUGAAGCACAGAAUCGACAUUUUAUUCAUUUUCUCAAGAAUGCGGGUGUAGGAUUUGGAAACCAGGCGUCAGAGAGCUGUUUGUUGUAUAUGGAUGACAACCUGAUGUAUGGCAGCUAUCGACAGGACUUUGCGGAUGGAAACGUAUACAUGCGAGCCGGUGGACCCAGACAGACAGGGUUUGAUGUUGAGUUUGAGGUGGUGGAAUGCGAGGUGUGGGGGCUGGGUGGACCGGAGGCGAAGGCGCGACAGAAGAAGGAUUGGGAUUUUGAGCAGCGCGAGGCGAAUAGACGAGCAUCGGUUCAUCUGCGCGGCAAGGAUGGCGAACAGGAAAUUGACCGGGAUCUUCUGGUGGGUGCUCUUUCUUUAUUCCUUAUUGUUGUUGCUACUGUUGUGCUGCCUUGCUGUUUUCAUUAA